AGCCGUCGGCUGAGCCGGCCCCUCCCUCCACUGCGACAGAAACUCCUCCGCUGGCUGAGGGUCGGUGGGGUUGGCAGUCGAGUUGCGCCAGAGAGCUGCAGCCCGCGCGCACUGCUGCUCCAGCCUCGCUUUCUUAGGCGUCCCACGCCUCCACUGGCUGUGUCCUCGGAUCUCGGCCGUCCUUCCCGCCUGGCGCGGUACCUUGCACCCGCAACCAUCCUGGCGUCUGGCUGGCCCUGCAGUCGAGACCUCAAAAGUCUCCCCCUCCGGGGGCGUCACACGCUUCGUACGCAAAGCAGCUGCCCCUCGCCUGCCUGAAGUCCCGGCUCGGACCGCGAACGCCUGAUAGACUCCGGCAGCAUCAGCGAGUGCCCCCCCGACCCAGCUGCGGAGAGUAGGCGGCCCCACCCCGCCAUCACACCCCAGCGACCUCUCCAGCCCUGCGGCUCUCGCCUUCGUUGCGCGUUUUCGUUCUUUGCCUACUACUCUGACACCCAGCCGGCUGAUGGAGGACCCCGGCCACGGACCCCCACUAGGGACUCAAGAUGGCGGCGGUCGCAUGAUUUACGACAGCAUCCCCCAGCCUUCGCUCUGAGAACCCGCCGACGGACUAAGUUUGGGGUACAGCGAAAGAACAAGAUAGGACUGUGGUGUCGUUUGUUACUUGUGAUUGCGUGAAGCUUGUGUUCCUCGGGCGUAGUGGGAAGAGUGUCUCCUGUUGUCCUGAGUCUUAGAUUAGGCUGUUGUCCCCAGCCUAAACGGUAUUCGUAGAAUUGGGGCCCUUGAGAGUUGAGAAAAUGGCGAUGACACUGUUGGAAGACUGGUGCAGGGGGAUGGACGUGAACUCCCAGAGCCUGCUGGUCUGGGGGAUCCCAGUGAAUUGUGAUGAAGCCGAAAUCGAGGAGACCCUCCAGACUGCGAUGCCCCAGGUGCCCUAUCGAGUGCUUGGGAGAAUGUUUUGGAGGGAAGAGAAUGCGAAAGCAGCCUUGUUAGAGUUCACUAGCGCCGUCGAUUACUCUGCAAUCCCCAGGGAGAUGCCUGGUAAAGGAGGGGUCUGGAAAGUGGUCUUUAAGCCCCCGACCUCCGAUGCUGAAUUUUUAGAAAUAUUGCACCUCUUCCUAGCAAGAGAGGGGUGGACCGUGCAAGAUGUUGCCCGAGUCCUUGGGUUUCAAAACUCCACUCCAUCCCUAGGCCCAGAUAUGCCAGCAGAGAUGCUAACCGAUAUUUUGGAUAAUGUUAUUCAGCCUCUUGUUGAGUCCAUUUGGUACAAGAAGCUGACGCUGUUCUCCGGGAGGGACAUCCCGGGGCCUGGGGAGGAGACCUUUGAUCCCUGGCUGGAGCACACUAAUGAGCAUAAGGUCAUAGAGGAAUGGCCGGUGUCAGAUGUAGAGAAGAGGCGGCGGUUGAUGGAGAGUCUUAGAGGCCCCGCAGCUGAUGUAAUCCGCAUCCUCAAGACCAACCACCCUGCGAUAACCACUGCAGAAUGCUUGAAGGCGCUUGAGCAGGUGUUUGGGAGCGUCGAGAGCUCUCCGGAUGUGCAGGUCAGAUUUCUGAACUCUUACCAGAACCCGGGAGAAAAGUUAUCUGCUUAUGUCAUUCGUCUGGAGCCUCUGUUGCAGAAAGUGGUGGAGAAAGGGGCCAUCGAUAAAGAUAACGUGAACCAGGCCCGCCUGGAGCAGGUCAUUGCCGGGGCCAGCCACAGCGGGUCUAUCCGAAGGCAGCUGUGGUUGACCGGGGCUGCGGAAGGGCCGGCCCCUAACCUUUUCCAGCUGCUGGUGCAAAUACGCGAAGAGGAAGCCAAAGAGGAGGAGGAGGAAGCUGAGGCCGCCCUCCUGCAGUUAGGCCUUGAGGGGCACUUCUGAGUCCCAGAAAUGGGCUUUAGUGCGGCUCUAGAGCACUGCCCUGCCCUUGUCCCUGUGUUUUUUUACAGGUGUUUCUUAGUAGUAAACACAACACUUAGCCAUGUUCUCUUUUCGGGGGCGGAAGUCAGGCCUGCGUAUUUAUGUAACAGUAAAAUGGUGCAAGCAAGCACUCAGCUGCUACAAUGACAGAUGAAAGCUUUGGACACAUGCUCAGUGCAGGCUGUCAUAGCAAUCAUAAUCAGUUGUGAAAAACGUGAACCUGUAAUACUUCCCAUCAAGGUAAUUAAAUGUGAAACUGCAUGUUAAGAUGUUUAGUGCAGCGCCUGGCUAAACACAGGAGUGUUUAGUAAAUGUGAACUGUUAGCUACUAAUUCGUGAAUAAUAUUUCCUUACUGCAAAUUACUGAUUUAUAUUAAUGGAAAGAAAUGUGAAUCAAUUAGAUAUUUAAUUUCACAGUGCAAAUUUUUUAUAUGCCAUCUUUAAACACCUGCAUCAGUUUAAUGGGAAAGUAUUUUGAGGCUACAAAAUAGGGUGUUAGAAAUAUACUCCCAAAUCUUUAUUGAGCUGUGUAAAUCAGAUUUUUCCACUAUUCAAGAUACAGAUAUAAAUUGCAUGGGGAGGUUAAUAUGAACCAGUUACAGUAUCCAUUCUCCCAUUUCAAGUCUUUGUCAUUAAUAGUUUUCUUGUUCAUACUGACUUUUAAGUGUUCUAAAUUUGAAGUUAUUAAAUACAUGUAUACAAAUAAAAAUAUUUUUAAAAUUC